ACCGUACAUGUACAGGAGCGUUACCGAAAAGUGUUUGUCGUUUUCGGUACUGGGUCAGUAUUACAAAUUAAUCGUAUACAAUCUGCCAAUAGAGGAUAUUGGGCCAGUAAUUGUAACGAAAAACAGACGAUACCAAUAUCCUUUAUGAGAAAACGGAAGAGGUCACUAAUGGUGGUAAGAACGCUUGCCUGACAAGCGGAAGACUUCGAUUCCAGCCGUCGUCCUGAAGAUUUUUUCCUCAUAUGACUAUUAAUAAUAGACAUGUAUAGGUAUAAACGAGAGCAGCGCCCGGCCAUGGUCUGAUCUUUCUUUCCGUACUAUAUAGUUGUGAUAUUAACAAUUGUACAAAUAAUAAAAAUGACUAAGAAUCGAUACUGGCCCAGUACUGGGGAUAGAUAUUUCUCCAGUGCUAGGAAUCAAUACUUUUUUUUAUAUUGGUACAGUGAUUUGUACAGUGAUUGGUACACUGAUUUUCGGUACUAUGACAGUAUUGUUUUCCGAUACUGACCCUUUUCUAUCAUCCUAGUAUCAUACCAAUACUAAACCCGUACUGGCACUUGAUACUAUGCCAGUAACGUUUAUCAUAAAUUGGUACUGGAGUCACUUUGAUGCCAGUAAUUCCUUCUUGGGUAUAUGGAUAGCUGUGGAUGGCUUGGUUGGUAGAGCAGUCGCUCAGCAAGCGAGAGGUCACGGGUUCGAUUCCCGGCAACUUUCGAGCUGCCCGUAUAUUUUCUCUCUCUGUCUGUCUUUCUGCCUUCUACCUAAUUUUCAAAUUCGGCUUCUGUCGGUAAAGUCUCGCGAUAUCGGUGACACUCCCGAACGCAAGUUCAAUCUCGUUGCACGUGGAAUUGCCAUCGCGUGUAGCUUGAAACCAGCUUGCAAGAAUAAAUCGGAGCAAUUGAGCCAGUCAGUCGAAUUUUCGUACAGUUUGGUCAAGCAAGCUCCGUACAUGUUUCUCAAUUAUUAUUUUAGUCGGGAUUUGAAUAUUCGUAUACGGAGAAGAUAUUAUAGCAAAAAUUAUAUUUCUUUUUGCGAUGCGUUUUUUUUUGUUUUAUAAAGUUGUACCAUAUUAAAAUUGUAAUACAGGUGCACUAGAAAAAGCAAACUUGGUGAUCUACUUAUAUACGAUAUAAAAAAAAAUAUUCAAACAAUUAUAAUAAUUUUGUAGCAAAAGCCACACGUGCAUAACAUAAUAAUAUAAUAAUAAUUUUUUUAAGCAAAUAUACAGCAAUUUUGGUCGUAAUUUUGUGUAGAUUAUAAGAAUUUUGUUGUACUCCAGUAUUUUCUCGCCGUGUAGAAUGAAAAUAUGAAGAGAUACGAGCGGCGGGAGACCUUUCAAUUGUGAACGGAAACUUGGUGCUAUACAAAACACGUAGGAAAUUGCAAACAGUAAAAUAAAAUAAGACAGAGAAUAGAGAGAAUGAGCAAUAAUAGGUCGGAAGUAAACAUGAUUCGAUCUACUCGGAUGUCGCGAGAAAAAUACGCUAGGCGCGAGAAAUCGCGCGCAACGCACGCGAUGAUAAGCAUUUCUCUCACGCGUUCGUUCUCUGCAACUGUUCACAUUCGAACGAUCCACUUGGGUGUUUCGUGUGCAUCGUGGCGCGCUCACCGACGCAGACUUUGGUAAAUACUUUUUCGCGCGCGCGCGUCAUCCGAGAGGAGAGGAGAAAAAAUCAAACGCGGCACUAUACGGUCGCGGCUUAUAACCCAAUAAAACUCCUAUAGACGUUCAGCUUUACGUCCAUCGACAUGCUGAAGCUUUAUCGCGAGUACCGGAAAAAGUCACGACUCGCUUUGUCCGUGACACGUUUUCACACCACGCGAUCUAUACGCGUACGCACCACCGCUGCUUUUCACGCGUUUUCUAGAGCACUCGUGAUCUUUGGGGGAACUGUUUUUUUUUUAUAUCGUAUAUAAGUAGAUCACCAAGUUUGCUUUUUCUAGUGCACCUGUAUUACAAUUUCAAUAUGGUACAACUUUACAAAACAAAAAAAAAAACGCAUCGCAAAAAGCACCCGUGAUCUUUGGGGGGACUGGUCUUUUUUUAUAUCGUAUAUAAGUAGAUCACCAAGUUUGCUUUUUCUAAUGCACCUGUAUUACAAUUUCAAUAUGGUACAACUUUACAAAACAAAAAAAAAACGCAUCGCAAAAAGCACCGGUGAUCUUUGGGGGGACUGGUCUUUUUUUAUAUCGUACAUAAGUAGAUCACCAAGUUUGCUUUUUCUAGUGCACCUGUAUUACAAUUUCAAUAUGGUACAACUUUACAAAACAAAAAAGAAACGCAUUGCAAAAAGCACCCGUGAUCUUUGGGGGGACUGGUCUUUUUUUUUAUUUUAUUGUACAGCCCACACGCGGAUGAAUCGCCGGCAAGUAGUACACUCGGCGUGCACAAUCGAUGUCAACGUACACGAGGAGCGGAUAUAUCGCGGGGACGCGGUUUAUUCCACGGUUGAGAUAUACGCACAUGUGAAGUCGGAUGGAUUCUAAUAUCAAUUUCAUUAUAUUGUGCCUGUUUAUGAUAAGAAGUUGAUGUGUGCUCGUUCUGCGUGUGCACACAGACACACAUAUAUAUAUAGCUUCGAUGAUUGAGUUAAUCGAGGUAACCCGGUUCCACUUGGCGCAUCCUCUGCACGGCAGCGAGAUGUCCUCGCGUCUGUACGAAGAUCUUUCGUGGAAGCGUAAUGUCGCGGGGGAUGACGUCGUACGUCGCGGGGCUUCCCAAAGUGGCCAGUUUAUUUUUAAGUGGCGACACAAACAAGAUCUGCAGAGGUAGACGGCGGCGUCUCUAUUUUAAUCCUAUUUUAUACUUGGAAAGAAUUGAAAUGAGUAGUCACCGCGGCUAAUGAUCCUUCCAACUGUAUAGACUGGAGGAUACCGUAGAACUACUGUUACGCGAUCCAUCCGCGUGCAUCAUUCGGGCGCAACUUGAGACUACCGUCGACUUUUCCUAACGAAGUUCACGCGUUCAUAAUUUCUUGAGACAGUUCUUGCGAAGCUCUAUUAUAUUAGACCAGAGACGGGAACUUCGACGUUAAUUCUCGACUGUCCUGCUCCUUCGCCCUCGCACCCUUUUCCCACGGAAGACCAGCCGCGUCACCCGGCUCGAAUUCACGCUUCCGCCAUGAUGAUGAACGGUAGACACGAAAAAAGCGCAUCUGUCAUGCCAAACGGCGUGUCCUCGACCGAUCGUUCCUACCUGUCCUUUGACGUAUCGUGUCCGGUAAUGUGGGCGUUGAUAUCGCGCGACCGUAAGGUGAAGGACUGCGACGAGGCCGAGUCAGGGGAUGCCGCGCGUCGCGCCGUCACGAUCACGACCACAACGACAACGAGGACGGCGACGGCGACGACGACAACGACGACGUCUACGUCCAGGAGCAGCGAGGAUGGCCGCAGAUGCUCGAACCAAGAGGCCGAGGACGACGACGAUGGCGGCGUCGCCGGCGGAGGUGGUGGUGGUAGUAACGGCGGUAGCCGUAGGAAGCGGAAGAAACGACGGAAAACGCGUAGCAGGCAGCUGCAGCUGCAGCAGCAAUCGCAGCUGGAGGUGACGGCCGGCGGAGGUGGUCAACGGUCGCACGCGGUGCUGACCCUCGCUUCGUCGUCCGACGAGGUCGAGGCGGUGGGCGAGUGCUCGAAGAGGGACUCGUCGAGCAGUCUUGGCGGCGGCAGCCGCCACAACACCCUGCGGGAGUCCCUACUGACGGUGUUGGGCAAGCUGGUCAUCUGGAAGGGCACCAGGUACCGCUCCGCCACCGCCGCCUCGUCUUCCUCGUCGGUGCCGCCGAAUUCGCCACCUCCCACCGAGUGCAUCGGUCGUAGCACGUCCUUCUUCUCCAGUGAAACAGAGAGGCGGAUUCGCGCCAACAAUCGGGAGUACAACUCACAAUUUAAUUAUGCGAAUAAUUACAUCAAGACGUCCAAGUAUUCGGUUCUGACGUUCCUACCGUUAAAUUUGUUCGAGCAAUUUCAGCGGCUCGCCAACUUUUACUUCCUAUGCCUGUUGGUGCUUCAGAUGAUCCCCGCCAUAUCCUCCUUAACCCCUAUCACCACAGCAAUACCGCUUAUAGGGGUACUCACGCUCACUGCCGUCAAAGAUGCCUAUGACGACUUUCAACGGCAUAGCAGCGAUUCUCAAGUAAACAAUAGGAAAUCCCGAACACUGCGGGGUUCUAAUCUUCGUGAGGAGAAAUGGUCGCAGGUCCAGGUGGGUGACGUAAUCAGAAUGGAGAACGAUCAGUUCGUCGCGGCGGAUGUUCUACUCCUGACGACGAGCGAGCCAAACGGUCUCUGUUACAUCGAAACGGCAGAAUUGGACGGAGAGACGAAUUUGAAGUGUCGUCAGUGUCUGCCAGAAACUGCCGAGAUGAUGGAUAAUCACGAGCUGAUCGGCCAGUUCGAUGGAGAGAUCGUUUGCGAAACCCCUAAUAAUUUGUUGAACAAAUUCGAUGGAACGCUCACGUGGAAAGGGCGAAAAUAUGCAUUGGAUAACGACAAGAUUAUUUUACGGGGUUGCGUGCUCAGAAAUACGCAAUGGUGCUAUGGCAUGGUGAUCUUUGCGGGCAAGGAUACCAAACUGAUGCAAAACUCAGGGAAGACCAAAUUUAAGAGGACCUCUAUAGAUAGGCUGCUGAAUCUCCUCAUCAUCGGAAUAGUGUUUUUUUUACUUUCCCUGUGUUUGUUCUGUAUGAUCGGCUGUGGUAUUUGGGAGAGCCUCUUGGGCCGUUAUUUCCAAGUGUAUUUACCGUGGGACUCGUUAGUGCCGAGCGAGCCCAUUUCCGGCGCAACAGUGAUCGCCCUGCUCGUGUUCUUUUCGUACUCUAUCGUGCUGAACACAGUGGUGCCAAUCAGUUUGUACGUGAGUGUCGAAGUAAUUCGAUUCGUUCAGUCGUUUUUGAUAAAUUGGGAUGAGGAGAUGUACUACGCGCCCACAAAUACGCACGCUAAAGCUAGGACUACCACGUUAAACGAGGAGCUGGGCCAAAUAGAGUACAUAUUUUCGGACAAGACCGGGACACUGACGCAGAAUAUAAUGACUUUUAACAAGUGUUCUGUGGCGGGCAAGUGUUAUGGCGAUGUUAUCGACGAGGUCACCGGCGAAGUCAUCGAUUUGAGCGAGACGGACAGAGCUAUUCGAACGCCGACAAUGCGAUGGAGAAGCGGACAGGAAUUCGUACGUCCAGUUUAUACACCACUAAGUGGUCCAAAUGUACGUCUUCUGGAACAAGCAGACAGAGUGUCCAACACAACACCGGAGCCUGGCAUCAACGGCAGCCCAAAGAUUCCACACAAGCCUUCAACAAUGCCACCUCUGGAUUUCUCGUUUAACAAGGACUACGAGCCAGACUUCAAGUUUUACGAUCCCGCGUUACUCGAGGCCGUAAAGCGAGAGAAUCAGGAUGUCCACAGUUUUUUCAGACUACUGGCACUUUGUCACACCGUUAUGCCGGAAGAGAAAAACGGUAGAAUCGAAUACCAGGCACAGUCGCCAGACGAAGCUGCCUUGGUAUCUGCCGCCAGGAAUUUUGGUUUUGUCUUUAAGGAGAGAUCGCCAAACAGUAUAACGAUCGAGGUAAUGGGGAAGAAGGAGAUUUACGAAUUGCUCUGUAUUCUGGACUUCAAUAACGUACGGAAAAGAAUGUCCGUGAUCUUAAGAAAAGACGGACAUCUGCGACUAUACUGUAAGGGCGCUGAUAAUGUAAUCUACGAGCGAUUGAAGAAGGACAGCGAAGAGAUAAUGGCGAAGACACUGGACCACCUAAAUAAGUUCGCAGGUGAAGGCUUAAGAACAUUGUGCCUUUCUGUGAGGGACUUGGACGAAAGUUUUUUCAAUAAUUGGAAACAACGCCAUCAGGAGGCAGCGUUGAGUCAAGAAAAUAGAGAUGAUAAGUUAGACGCGAUUUACGAAGAAAUCGAGAAAGAUAUGUCGUUAUUGGGUGCUACUGCCAUCGAAGACAAGUUGCAGGACGGUGUACCGCAGACCAUUGCCAAUCUGGGUCUCGCUGGUAUUAAACUUUGGGUGUUAACUGGCGACAAGCAGGAAACGGCCAUCAAUAUUGGAUACUCGUGUCAAUUGCUGACGGACGAUCUCACGGACGUCUUCGUGGUGGACGCCACCACUUACGAUGGCGUGGAGACGCAGUUAAUGCGGUAUUUGGAUACCAUUAAGACAACUUCGACCCAACAGAACCGGCCGACACUCUCCAUCGUCACAUUCAGGUGGGACAAGGAAAGUAGCGAUACAGAAUAUAAUCCUAGCAGAGAUGAACAGGACGAGCACGAGAUGGAACAUUCGACAGGAUUUGCAUUGGUUAUCAAUGGACACUCUUUGGUUCAUGCAUUACAUCCGAAACUCGAGCAUCUUUUCCUCGAAGUAUCCAGUCAAUGUAAAGCCGUAAUAUGCUGUCGGGUGACGCCGCUACAGAAGGCGAUGGUCGUCGAAUUGAUUAAGAAGAAUAAGUCCGCAGUGACUCUGGCAAUUGGCGACGGCGCCAAUGACGUCUCAAUGAUAAAAACAGCUCACAUCGGCGUUGGCAUCAGCGGGCAGGAAGGACUGCAGGCCGUAUUAGCUUCCGAUUAUUCGAUAGGGCAAUUUAGGUUUUUGGAAAGGUUACUUCUGGUUCACGGUAGAUGGUCAUAUUAUAGAAUGAGUAAAUUCCUUAGGUACUUUUUUUAUAAAAACUUCGCGUUCACCCUCUGUCACAUCUGGUUUGCCUUCUUUUGCGGAUUCAGCGCACAGACUGUCUUUGACCCCAUGUAUAUAUCCGUCUACAAUUUGUUUUACACCUCGUUACCGGUCCUGGCAGUUGGCAUUUUCGAUCAGGAUGUUAACGAUAAGAACAGCUUAAUGUAUCCGAAACUUUAUGCACCGGGACUGCAGAAUUUGCUCUUCAAUAAGAAAGAAUUUUGUUGGAGUGCUCUACAUGGAUUCUACGCUAGUUGUGUAUUAUUUUUAGUACCUUAUGGGACAUACAGAGACGGAGUGUCGCCAAAGGGUUUUGUACUUUCUGAUCACAUGCUGUUCGGCAGUGUAGUAGCUACCAUAUUAGUGAUAGUCGUGACCGUUCAAAUAGCCCUCGACACGUCGUACUGGACAGUUUUUAAUCACAUCAUGGUGUGGGGCUCGCUCAUCUGGUAUUUUAUUUUAGAUUAUUUCUACAACUUCGUCAUAGGCGGUAGUUACGUUGGCAGUCUCACGAUGGCUAUGUCGGAGGCAACCUUUUGGUUCACAACGGUGAUAUCCUGCAUAAUUCUCGUGAUACCGGUCUUGUCGUGGAGAUUCUUCUUCAUGGACGUUAGGCCGACACUGUCCGACAGAGUUAGACUGAAGCAGAGGUUGGCACAGCUACGCUCCCGCCAGAGUCAGGAUAUAUUGCGUACACCGUCUACGAGACGUACACGGCGUUCUCUACGCUCUGGCUACGCCUUCGCUCACCAGGAGGGCUUCGGAAGGCUCAUCACGUCCGGGAAGAUUAUGCGCAAAUUGCCAAAUGGUGCUGAUUUUAAGUUCGCUAUGCCGUUCGCAAACAACGUUACGAAGCAGGUGAAUGUCGCCACUACGUCACCAAAGGAUAAUAGUGCAUCUAGGAAUUCGCACACACUGGACACGAUUAAUUUAUAGUUGGAACGUUUAGCCGAUUUCUCAGCGGACACUGAAAGUGCAGGUGACUAGCGAGUUCUUCUUGAUUUACUUAGUUACGGAUGUUGGAUGUCAAGAUCUAACGCGUCGAAUUUACCGGUUCCGGUGUAUCCCAUUGAAAUCGUGUUCCCCCGAUAUAUCACUUUUGUGGUAAUUGAGAGACGCAAGUGAUAUUGUAUGCAGUAUUCGAGGGUAUCUCGCGGAAGAGUCGAUAUCUGUGAUUUUACGUUACAUUUAAUUUAUUUGCCUUUUCUUUUUGUUCUUCAGAAACGUUAGAAGUAUUUUGAAUUAUAUAAAGUAAAGUAAGCGCAAAAUUUUUCGAACAAACUCACUCACACAAUUAGAACCCCUAUUGUGAUCUACAACGUAUGCCUAUGAACAACGAUAGUGAUAAAUGUUGAAAUAAAUGCAGAUAACUUUGUUAAUGCGUGUGUAUCUUUAACGCAAUGGAUUCCAGUGGGAUACAUUGAGUUACACUACAAUAGAGGUAGCAUAUGCUAUUUACGUCUGUACAUCACCGUUGAGCAUUUAUGCAUCCGUUACGAUUUAUAACUUAAAUGUUACGUAUUCACGUGUUCAAUUAUUUCUCAGCUAUGUUUUGCACUUUUGUCGAAUAAAUCUACGAAAUAGGUAUAUUUGAUUUUUAACAUUUUGGUCACACAAUGAUUAUGUACGUAAAUAAUAAUAUAUAUUCUGUAUCGUAUGGAAAAAUAGCUUAUGCUACAAUAUAGAUUUAUGUUUUUAAUUGUUACAAUAAAAUUUUGUAUACGUGAAAAUGAUUUUGGAUAUCAAUAACACUGUCGACGUUUGAUAUUUUGUUCAACAAAAACAAGAAAAAAAGAAAAAACUGUAUAUUUUUUUAUUUCGUAUAUUCAUUCAUAUGGAGCAACGUUGAAAGCGAGUAUUAAGGGAAAAUGUAGCGAAAUAUACAUUUUCUGAUUUUAUCUGCAAUUUGUUCUCAAGUAUCUAAUAAACGAAUAGAGAUUACGGUUACUUACUUACGCGUAUUACCGAUGACAUGUUAAUUUAUGAAUAUAAUACGCAAAAUUGUCGGUUAUAUCACAUAAUUUGCAAAGCAUUUCUCUCAUUAAAAAUUUUUGGAUAUGAUUGGAAAAAAUAUAUACUCAGCAUUUAGUAUUUGCGAUUCUGUGGAUGAUUUUUGAUCCAUUUUACCGGAGACGUUAGUACGAGGAUAAUGGCUAUGCAAUAACGGUGGAAGAAAUAAUUCGCGUUGUAAUGCACUCCUUGUGUAUAUAUAGAAGUAUCGCAUAGAGGUGUCAAAAAAUCUUGUAAUAUCCUAUCUUGUACUAUAUAUUAAAUCUAGUGCGAACAUGAUUAUUGUAAAAACAAAAAAAAAACACGUUUACACAAUAUACUAUUACGGUAAGAAUAAUAGUUACAUUGAUAAUUGCCUUUAUAAAACAUGAAAUACAAACGAUUUAAAAUAUUGUACCAUAGCGCGCAUUGAUUGUAAAUAUUUUAAAGAGAUAUAUAUUAUAUUAAAUGUUAAGUAUACAUUUUUUAAAAGAAAGUAAUAUAUAGAUAGAUCGAUUUAAACAAAUACGAAGAUAGUAGCUAUAUUGUAUUACACUAUCGCGGAUGAAGUUUGCCUUGGACUGACUACUGAAUACAUAUAAUAUAUUAAAGUGAAAAAAAAACAGUAGCAACAAUGGAGUAUGUAUUUCUACUUUUAAUAUUACAAUGAAGUUUAGGGAGAAAUAGUCUGUACGCGCGCGCGGGGAAAGUAAUGUUCCACAAUCAAAUUAUCAUUUAAAACGGAAAAAUCAUAGGAUUUCGUUUUGCUUUUGAACGUUGUGCCUAAUCGUCGAACUGUACACACACACCCACACACACACACACACACACACACACACACACACACACACACACACACACACACACACACACACACACACACACACACACAAAGAGCGUCACGAGCUCCCGUAAAAUUUCAUUGGUUUACGUUAUUGAUUUACGUUGAUUAUAUGUGAUGUACACUUCGUCUUCUAUGUGAAUAAAAGCGUAUUACUUUAAAUUAUUAAUUUCAAACAUUCAGUGAUUCGUACAAUAAUAAUCUCUUUUUUUUGGUAUCAUAAUAUAUACUCAUCGAAAAAAGACGUUUGCAAUACACAAUGAUUUCUCUUGAACAAGUUUUUGCAGUUUUUAUCAUUUAUAAUGUGUAACGUUAUGAGUUUCUCGUCAAUAUUAUAUUCUUGAAGAAAUUACUGUUGCUCAUCGAUAAGAAAUUCAGGGUUGGAAAAAUUACUUUUUAAGAAUGACUCCGUUACCGUUAUUCAAGAAGUAACGUGUCAUUAUAAUUUCCGUUAUUUUCCUCAGUUUUAAAUACUUUUUUGUUUUUACAAUUUGUCAUCGUCUCUCUUAUAUAGAUGUUUUAUGUAGACAUUUUAAAUGUGCAAAAUGAUAAUUAUAUUCGUAACUGUUAUACAAAAAUGUAAUUGCGUUAUCAUUACCGCUACUAACAAGGAAGAAUAACACCGUAACGAAAUGGUUACUGAAAAAAAUGUGUAACGGUAACGGCGUUACAAAUAACGUAUUACUUGCCAAUCCUGGUAAGAUUGUAGUAAAAUGAAUUGGGCAAAUUUUACAUAUGAUCUACAUAUAACUCGUUGCAAAAAUAGAUUGUCUUUAAGCUUUCGUGAAUAUUUCAUGUAUUUCCGGAAAACGAAGCUUACAAACCAAGUAAUAAGGCAUUAUCGAACGACUUUUGCAUGGUGAAGAUAAGAUAUUUAUCGAUAGUCAUAUAAACGGACUGAAAAAAAUAUAUAUAUAAUUUGACAUAUAUUUAUAAACUAAAAACGAGGAGGCUGGAAUUGUAUAAAUAUUUCGUCAAUAUUACAGCCGUGUUGUCAUGGUCAACUUCUUUGUAUUGACACAUGUAUAAACGUGUUUUUCUUCAUACAUGGGAAAAGUAAGUUUAUACGGUCGCAUAAGAAUAUAGCCUACGUCUUUUUUGAGGUUGAUUUAUGUGCACAUCUAUCUCUCUUGGUAAUAUCUUUUACGCUACAAUAAGUAGUUCUUUAAUUAUAAUUGAUGGCGAAAUGGUUAAUGUACAUGGUUUGUCGAUCACGGCUGACAAUUUUGCCUGUGAAAUUGAUACGAUCCGGCGUCAACUGAUAUCUUGUACAUGUAUAUAUAUCGAAUAUAUUAAAUGAUUUAUUUUAAUUUUCUGUGCUAAAAAAAAAGCUAAAGGACUGUUUACUACUGUCAUCUGAUAAUAUCUCUGUUUAUUGCGUGCGUGAAAAAAAGGGGAAAUAUACAGAUAUUAUUUGAAGAUCUUGGUAACUUUAACAUUGAUGUGUGCUUACUUAACGUAAGACAGAUAAGAAUUAUAACAUAGUCAUAAAAUGUUGUUGGUUGCAUAAACUGUUAUAUGUGUAUGUUACAAUUCAAAUGCUGAAUCAAAUUUGGAAGCGAAGUGUAUCGGUCCGCUGCAUGUGCUCUACUGAUUACGUGAAUCAAACAACAGUCGAUUGGGACACACGGAGUUCCGAGGAAAAAGAAAAACACGUAACGACAAUGAUAAUUUACUUAUACCUUCGAUAUAGUUUUGCGUAACUGUAUUUCUCAUAGCAGUUUGUGUACACUUUUUGUGAACAUUUAUUCAAAACGUUCUCACUUGUACGCGUUCUUUAUCGAAUACUAGUAUGUGACAAUAAUGCGAACAGUUAAAUAUAAUACAAAUACGCAUUAUAUUAUAUGUGAUUGCUAAAUAGUAUCAAUUAUAUAUCUUUGCCUUAUUUGAAUAUCUCUCGCCUGAAAUAAAUAAUACUCUUUCAGUAAUUUAGUUCUUCUUAUAUGUACAUGUAUAUGUAUUCAGAGCUAUUGUUUCUUUCUGAUACACUAUCUCCAGUAUUUCCUCAUUAAUAUAACGUUUUACAUUCUUUUUUGUUUUUUUUUAUACAGGGACUCCUUUUUGUGUCUUUUUUGUGGUCUUUUUAAAUUAACUUUUUUAUCGGUAUUAUGUAUUAGGAUUAACGUAUCGCACGAUAGAGCCAUGCAGAGGCGCAUUUUACAUAAAUCAACAUUACAAUUUAAGGUGUUCCUUGUACAAUGUACGCGUUAAUGAAAUCUAAUAUGAUCGCAAAAUUAUAUAAUAUAUGUUGUAAUACACGUAGAGAUAGAGAGCAAUAUAGAAAGAUAACCGCGAUGUCAAGUAGUAACAUACUUAAUCUCUAUCAUAACUCUUAGUUAUCCAUGGAAACAUUUAGACACGAGAUAAUUCCAUCGAUGUAUCGAUGAUACGUUUCGGCAUGCUGGCUGAAUUGCUUCUGCGAUCACGUCUAAUUUGCGAGAUAAGUUUCUCCGCGGGCGCAACACAUCGUAACAGGAAAGAAUCCAUGUACUCAUGUUCUCCCAUAAUAGGAAAAAAUCCAUGUACUCAUGUUCUCUCAUAACUUUUCUGUGUAAAUCGCAAUAUUUUCUCACGAAAAAUCAUCUCGAAAAAUCAUCUCGAUCGUGCAUUGAUGGUCACACGUUGAGAGUGUUUCAUCUUUCAUCUGAAACCGAUCACUCAUACCACGUUUGCUUCCGCAUCGACCAUCGUGUUUUUCUAUUACUUUCCCGAGAGAAUUUUGAUGUUUAAAUGCUAAUAUU